ACCCGUUCACCUAUAUCUACCAAUACAUUCAACUCUUUCUUAUACCAAAAAAAAAUGAUUUCCGAAAACGAUGAUGUAUGGGCUUCAGUUGAAGAUACAUCCGAAUAUGAUAGAAUAAUGUCUUUAAAAGAAUGGGAUCAUAUGAAUAGAAAUUUUGGAAAUAUUGGAUAUAGAGAAGGAAUUAUAGAAGGAAAAGAUGUUACAAUUCAAGAAGGAUUUAAUAAUGGAUAUGUUGAAGGUGUAAAUAUUGGUAUGGAAUUUGGUAGAUUAAGAGGUUUGUUAAACACAUUAUUGGAAUUUUAUAAUUCUUUAAUUAAUGAAAAUAAUAAUGAUGAUGAAUUAAAAUUACCAAACCAAACUUCUUUUAAUAAAUUAAAAUCAUUAGAAGAUGAACUUGCUAAUUUAACUGCCGAUAAAGUUUUUACACGAGAUUAUUUUAAAUUUAAUCAACAAGAGAAUUUAAAAAAGCAAAAUAAUGCAUGUAAAAAUGAUUGUAGUUGUCUUUUAGAUACAAAUACAGAAAAAGAAAAAGAUAAUUGCUGUAAUAAGAAUAUCGUAAAUGAAAGUAAUAAUGAGAAAAUACAGAAAUUUAAUCUUGAAAAGACCAUUGAACCAAACGAGAAUUUAGCCGAAAAGUUGUUAAUAGAAUAUAAAGAAAAAGUUUACCAGUUAUUAGAUGAACUUGGAUUUGAUAUGAAUUCCACUUAAUACUUUGAUAUAACAAAAAUUAAAGAACUUUAUAUCAAUCUUGUAAACCAAAAAGCAAUUGCACUUUCUUUGAAGUGUUAUUUUGAUAAAUAUUAAAUUUCAAUUUAAG